CUGCACGCCACCACGGAUAGUACCAAAGACUUACAUGUUCAAGAUACAGAGCUUCUUUCUUUUUAAUGUGACUUCAGCCAUCUCACUGACCAAAAAACUGCGCCCUGCGAAUUCCUCCUAGGCCCUCCAUAAUCGUGUCCACCUACCCGGUUCUGGCCCUCUUACGUAGAAGAGCUCCCCGCACUCCGUUACGCGUUCCUCUGAGCCAUCAAUCAAAAAAUUUCUCCGUCUGAGCUUCACAACACUUUGCAACGAUGAAAGAUAGUAAAGGCUGGGAUGGGAAGCUGAGAGUUGAGCCUAAGGCUACGAUCACGAAUCCAGAGGCGCUGGAGGAUCCAAAUUACUCGGAUUCUGAUGCGCCGCCGGUUGAGGAGAUUGAGGCUGAUGAGGAUCUGCUCGAGGGUGAGGAUCCAGACACGCAAGAAAUCGACCUCGUACAUUGUCGCAUCACUUCUAUCCCAGCUUUGCGAUUAGAACGAUUCCCCAAGCUCCAGAGAAUAUGCCUCCGACAGAACCAGAUUACUCGCAUCGACUUCCCCUCCGAAAUCGCGCCUACGCUGCUCGAACUCGACCUCUACGAUAACCUUAUUUCGCACGUCAAGGGUCUCGAUGAGUUCCGGGAUCUGACGAGUCUAGAUCUGAGCUUCAACAAGAUCAAGCACAUCAAGAAUAUCUCGCAUUUGGUCAAUCUGACAGAUCUUUACUUUGUUCAGGACAGGAUAUCCAAGAUUGAGGGGUUGGAGGGCUUGACGAAGUUGCGGAAUCUAGAGCUGGGGGCGAACAGGAUUAGGGAAAUCGAGAACCUUGACACUCUGACCUCGUUGGAGGAGCUCUGGCUCGGGAAGAACAAGAUCACGGAAAUGAAGAACCUCGAAGCGCUCUCGAACCUCCGCAUCAUCUCCAUCCAGUCGAAUCGACUCACCAGCAUUACUGGCCUCUCCUCGCUCAAGAACCUCGAAGAACUCUACCUAUCCCACAACGCUAUCACCGACCUCAGCGGGCUCGAGUCCAAUACCUCGUUGCGUGUCCUGGAUUUCUCCAAUAAUCAAGUCUCGAAGCUGGAACACCUCUCCCAUCUGAAGAACCUGGAGGAGCUGUGGGCGUCCAACAACGAACUCUCGAGCUUCGAGGAGGUGGAGCGCGAGUUGAAGGAUAAAGAGAAGCUGCAGACGGUGUAUUUUGAAGGGAACCCAUUGCAGACCAAGGGCCCGGCGGUGUAUCGAAACAAGGUGCGGUUGGCGCUGCCGCAAGUUAUGCAGAUUGAUGCGACCUUUGUCCGGGUCGGGUGAUGUUGUAUGGAAGGUAUACAUUGAUAAUGAUCAUGAUAACAAUGCAUUUGUGGGCGGGAUUGCCCAAAUCGCCUUUCAUCUAGACUACGGAGCUAUAGGACUGCUAUAUGUAGAAAUGAUGU